AGGGCGGGGCUUCCUGCCAGAACCCAGAGCGAACACGUGGUUCCGUGAUCGGUGCGCCGUUUUUCUCCGAUCCGUGCAGGCCUUUUAAACUACGCCCACACCUCGCGAUUCGCGAUUCAUGAUUCACGAUUCACCCCGCUUUUAACACACCCCGAAGCCACCGGACGCGAAACGGACCGACGGAACCCGUCACAAAUCGGCGCCAGCGCUCCCGGAAUACCUUCACGCAGCUUCUCAUACGGGUCAUGACGCUGGAAGCGAUCCGGUACCGGUCCGGGUCUCUGCAGAUCCUUAACCAGCUGCUGCUGCCGCACGAGACCGUGUACGAGGAGAUCCGCUCCGUGCGGGACGGAUAUGAGGCCAUCAAGAGCAUGAAGGUGCGCGGCGCUCCUGCCUUGGCCAUCGUGGGGUGCCUGAGCCUGGCGGUGGAGCUGCGGGCGGGCGCUGGGGGCGAUGACCUCGUCUGCUUCAUCAGGGACUCUCUGUGCCACCUGACGUCUGCCCGACCCACCGCGGUCAACAUGGGCCGAGCCGCCCGCGAGCUCAUGGAGUUCACCGAGAACGAGAGCAUGGAGAAAAACACAGAGCAGCUGAGAGACAGCGUGAUUGGCUGGAUUGAGGAGAUGUUGGAGCGAGACGUGAACGACAACAAAAAAAUCGGCAACUACGGCGCGCAGCACAUCCUGUCGGGCGUCCCGCGAGACUCCGUCACCAUCCUCACGCACUGUAACACGGGCAGCCUGGCCACCGCGGGAUACGGCACGGCUCUCGGAGUGGUGCGGUCGCUGCACACACUGGGCCGCUUGAAGCGUCUGUACUGCACAGAGACCCGACCCUACAACCAGGGCGCCCGGCUGACGGCGUACGAGGCCGUGGCGGAGGGGUUCCCGGCCACCCUCAUCACAGACAGCAUGGCAGCGCUCGCCAUGAGGGAGAAGGGCAUCACAGCUGUCGUCGUCGGAGCAGACAGGGUUGUGGCCAACGGCGACACGGCCAACAAAGUGGGCACGUAUCAGCUGGCCAUCGCGGCUAAGCAUCACGGGAUACCGUUUUACGUGGCGGCACCCAGCACAUCCUGCGAUCUGAGUUUGGAGAGCGGACGAGACAUCGUGAUUGAGGAGCGUCCACCUGAGGAGCUCACCAGCAUCAAUGGAGUUCCUGUAGCCGCUCCUGGCAUCGAGGUCUGGAACCCGGCGUUUGACGUCACUCCUCACCAGCUGAUCACGGGUGGCAUCAUCACGGAGCUCGGCGUGUUCCUGCCGUCUGAACUACAGGCCGCUCUGACGGGGAGACUCACAGCUCUGUAAGGAGCCGCUCACCGCCGGCGCGCUCCGAGUGUUUGCACCUCACUGUGGGGAAGUUACACCUUUAAUCACACACACAAGCGUCGGCACCGAGGUGUUCGCAAGGUAUACAAGGCACGCUCCAUUCAAUUCAACACUUACAAAGUGGAAUAACACCAUGUGACACACACUUGUACAACCCAGGGAUGCUUGUAAACACACAGACACACACACACGUUCUCCUUCUCUCUGAGUGUACAGCUCAUGUCACAUCAUCUCAUGUCUUUUGUCUUCAUCUUUGUGAAAACUUUGGUCAUUUGUUCCCUUUUCCACUCGUUUCUUCCCCUCUAUCUGGCUCAGCUCCAGUUUUUAACAGGAAGUGUUUCACAGAGAUGUUAAACGGUGUAGAUCAUUCAGAGUAUUUCAAAAUAAAAGUCUUGUACUAAAUACGGGUCAACUGCUGUCCUCUAAGGGGGAAUCUCACGAAACCUGCCCAGAGCUCGUCCAGGUCUUAUUUCAUCAAUGAGAAUCCUAAUAAAAAUAUUUUAAAAUAUUUGCAAAAGUACAUAUCUUUUUUUUGUUGUUGUUUUUUUUGCAUUCUUAAUGAGAAAAUAUUUUGCAUUACACUAAUGGGAAAAAUGCAUUUAAUUCUUGUCUUUGAUAUUAUUUUAUUUUUGCAAAACUAAUUGCAAAAUAUAGUGCCAUAUUUUCUUUUUCUUUUGAGGUGAAGUGUUUUCAUGAGACUAUCCCUUACAGGUCGGACUGUUUAUUAGUUAUAAUAGAUAUGUCAAAUCAAAGCCCGUUUCAGAUAUGGGCUGAACUUAAUGUACUUUAAUGCACAUAAGCACGCCAGUCUUUUCCAGGCAGUGCCAUCUCAUGUUACUAAAUCAAAAUGCUAGAUUAACAUUGAGACAUUGGAAACCUGCGUUUGAGCAGAUAAAACAAAUACAGACAGUAUGACCACUGGUAUGCAGACGGUUUUAAUGUUAUCUGAGCUUGCAAGUAAAUACAGGUGUUAGAAUAAAGUAAUUAAGACCAGAAUGGUCCAUCUGCCUGAAAUGAACAAUCAGUUGAAGUUUUCAGGUUAAUCUCGAGCUCUAUCGGUCGAAAUUCCUACAGAAAAUAAAUUAUGAAUCUAAAUUAUUUGUACUUGAAACCACAUAUGCUGGAGUUAAACCUGCGAUAUUUCUUUAAGUCUGUAAUUUAAGCAGAUGUAUUUGAUCAAGGUGUGGGAAAAUGGUGCUAUGGAGCUAGAUGUUAGACAAUACCUCAGAAGAGAUCCCAGACUCCUCUAGUACUUCCACUGUGUUUCUGUGUUGUAGUUACAGGUACGAUCACAGCUGAGCCUGGGGGGCCUGAUCUCGGGUCAGAGUCCGGUGUGGUCCCGAAUUCUGCACCCCCUAGUAUUGGUAGGUUUAGGAGUAGGUGUGGUGGAGGGGUUAAGAUUAGGCAAUUAGUGACUUCGAGGAAUCUGGCAUGGGUGCAGGAUUUGACACAACACCGGCCGAACUGCUGUGUUUAAGUGCGGGUCUGAUCUGGGAUCAGCGCUGUGAGUUGGUCUGGGCUUGUGCUCCGUGUUAUCGAAUGUAACGAGGCCCAGUAUCCUCACUGCCUUAUGAGACCAGCAAAAACACCCCGCCCACUGAUGUCUGAUUGGCUGAAUGAGACGGAGCCACGCCCACCGCUCAGAGAACAGUGCCAUCUGAAAUCACCAUAACAACCCCAUCGUAUAAACUUAUUAAAGUUACAGAACUUAUGAUUUUUAUCAUAGUACCCUGUUUUUUCCACAAUAAAAUAAUCACCUUAGUCAGGGCAGCGCCAUAUUUCAUUUCUGACUGAGGGAAAACGAGGCUGUGAUGGACUGAAGUAAACUACAUCCAAUGGAUCGAACCGUGGUUUAACAACAUACUGAUUGUUCAGCCGAUGAAACAUCUCUUCCAAUAAAAUGUUCGCUGGAAGAAAACUCCAUAAAGCAGUUUUGAAAGUUGUGAGUUGUGAAAAUUACGACCUUUAUAUGAUGUGUGCCACGACUGCACAGCCUUGUUUUCAUCCGCGUAAAAUAAAAAGUGGCGUCUGACCUCAUUAAGGCAUAUGGUGCAUCCCAAAUCACGCACUUAUGCGUUUUGUGGUAUAAAUAGUGCGAGUAGUGCAUUGAAAAUUAAAAAAAGAAAAAGUGCACUAAAACAAAAAAACACCUAAAGUUGGACACUUCAUCCACUGCGUUGUCGCAUCUUUUAUUGCGUAGCGAAGGGGGAGGGGCGAGCAGACUCUGAUUAUGAAUGACAAAAUAAACGUAUAUAGUUCAUACAUUACAUGAGUGAGUACAUAGUGUAUAGUGAAUCAUUUGGGACGCAGCUAUAGAUAUAUGAAUAGGUAGAUGCUCCAGACGCGUCACGCACAAUAACAAUCAAUGGGUUUCAAAAUCCAACACCAUUGCUUAGACUGUGAAUGUCAAAACCGCCAAAAUUUUAAUUCCUGAAGAAAUUGGAUAAACUUUUCACAAGUAAUAGUGUGUCAGUUUGGGUUUUUAAUAUGUAUGCACUCAUUAUUACAGGUUUUUAAACUACAGACGCUUUUAAGCAUCAUGUAAGCCUACACCUUUGACUUCUUGUAUUGUGUUAAUUUAGCAAAAUCAUCUGCCUAAGUCUAUUGCAGAUACAGAUAUUCUCACACGUGUACAACUACAGUUGCAACGCACAGACAACAGUUUCUCCUGACGCUAAUAGGGCAUCUACCUAUACAUAUCUAUGGAUUAUUUCAAAAAUAACUUUGCAUCACACAUGGUAUUGAAUGCACAUUCAUUUUUACAGUUUCUUCUGUUUAAAUCAGAUUAAACUAAAUGUAGCACCAUCACACUUAGAGCAGCUGUACAUGUGUUUGUCAAUUUUUUUAAAAAUCUAAAUUCUCACGUAAUACAGCUCAAAACAAUUUAAUUUAUUUGAUUUUGAAGACCAGAACAAUGAAUAGGAAAUAUAGAAAGACAUAAUGUAGCAUAAAUCGAGGUCAUCCGUGUGGCUUUGUGAUGUUCUGAAGGUACAAAGUUUGUUUUUCACAUCACAUUAUUUUUAUUUGAAUUGGACCGUGUGAGCUGAUGAUUUGUUUUAUGUAUAUCUAUACACUGUAUAUCCAUGAAUUGUGAUUCUUAGUGAUGAAUCUGUUGUUAAAAAGCUUACAUGGAGAGGCCCUCUAUAGACACGACGCACCACUCCACAGCUAGAGGCUAAAUCUAUAAUAAAAGCAAUGAAAUGCCUGAGAUUGAAGAUAUUUGAAGAUGAAAUGCUUUGAAGCGCUUCACAUGCACGGCCUGGCUCUUGUAGAAACGGUUAGCUGGUGUGCCAAAGCUGUAAACCUUCAUGGAGUCUUCUCUCUGUAUUAUACAGAAAUUUAAUGUAAUGCAAAACGAAAUAAAUCUUUAUUCAUUAAGAGAGAGCAGAUGGAUGGGACGUUUCUUCUUCAGCAGUCGACCCAAACACAGGACGGUCAGCUUCGUGAGUCGAGCUGAUAAAUUAGCUCAUAUGUUUUCCAUGUGCUUUAAUGAGAUGAGAGGAAACUCUGGUGCCAAAACGAUCAUGUGACGGUGGACAGACGUCCGUCUGAGAGGACCUCUUUGUGUUUCUGUUUGUUCUCGUUCUUCUAAUUGAUAAUCACAUCUGAGUUUGGUUUUGUAUUCUGUGGAAGUAGUUGGAGAAAAAAAAAAAUAUUAGAGACUGGAUGUUUUUUAUACAUAUGAAUAUAAUAUACAACAUGCAUAAAUUAAAAGAUGUCUGUUCCACAUCAGUACAAUAAACAGAGAGAACCAA